UGCGUCUCUAAUAAUUAGGUUAAGUUAACCCAUAACUAAAACUACAGUAUAAUCAACUUUUACGCCCAAUUCGAAGAUGAACUCGAAUCCUCAGAUCUUCACCUCCAUUGACAUGGGAACGAACUCUUUUAAGCUUCUUAUAGUCCACGCGGAUCCUUCUGGAAGAGCUUUUGUUCCAAUCGAGAGACUCAAAGAGCCGGUGGUGUUGUCUCGUGAAUCUCCGACAUCGAUUUCGUCUCAAUCUCAGGAUCGUGCGCUUCAAUCUCUACGGAAAUUCAAAAGUUUGAUCCUCUCGCAUAAUGUUUCCGGUGACAGGAUCCGAUGCGUCGCGACGGAAGCCUUGCGGCGAGCUGAGAAUCAGAUACAGUUCGUAGAGGCGGUGUUCGAGGACGUUGGGUUAAAGGUUGAUGUGCUUUCUGGUGAAGAGGAAGCGAGGUUGGUUUAUUUAGGCGUGCUUCAGUUUUUACCUGUGUUUGAGAAAUCAGUGUUGUGUGUUGAUAUUGGUGGUGGUUCUACUGAAUUUGUUGUGGGUAAGUGUGGUGAUGUGAAGCUUGCUGUUUCUCUGAAGCUAGGUCAUGUGAAUUUGACGCAGAUGUUUUUGAAAAAUGGUCUUGGAUUGGAGAAAAUGCGAGACUAUAUCCGUCAUGCGAUUGAUGAGUCUGGUUUAGUGGAUAGAUUGAAAGAGUCUGAUGGUUUUGAGGUGGUUGUGGGAUCUUCUGGAACUAUACGAGCUAUUGAGAAUGCGGUGUUUAGUGGCUACGGAGCUGAUAUGUGUGAAUUCAAUCUGGAAGGGUAUAAGAGGGAUUGGAGAUUUGGUAGAGCAGAGCUGAGCAGCCUUGUAGCGAAGCUAUGUAGUGAAGGAGGAGAUGAAGAGCAGAUCCGGAGAGAUGGAUUUUUCAAGAGAAGAUCAGAGUUCAUUGUUGCUGGGGCGGUAUUGUUGGAGGAAAUAUUUAAGGCUUUUGCUAUCGAGGAAAUGGAGGUCUCUGAGUAUGCAUUGGCAGAAGGUGUGAUUGCUGAUUCUUUGGCUAAAGCUUUUGAUGGAUUAUAUGAUUUGAAUGCCAAUGCAAGGUGGCGAUCCGUCAUGAGGCUUGCCACUCGAUUCAAUGCUAAAAAGCGAAUGAAUCAUGCGAUACGCUGUGCUAACAUCGCCAAGGCGAUCUUUGUAGGUUUGAGGGAAUGCAAUGAUUUUAACCUUAUCUUAGACGAUAAGGAUCUUGAGUAUCUAGAAGCUGCGUGUUUCUUGCAUAAUAUCGGAUUCAUCGCAGGGAAAAAGGGAUAUCAUAAGCAGUCUUAUCAUAUCAUCAAGAAUGGGGAUCAUCUCCAUAGCUACACUGCUGAGGAAGUCGAGCUUAUAGCAUUGCUUGUGAGAUACCAAAGAAAAAAGUUUCCCAAGCUUGAUCGUGCACCUUUUAAGGACUUCACUGAGGAGGCAAAGCAAAAAUUCAUAAUUUUGUGUUUGAUUACACGAUUAUCUGUUAUACUUCAACGAAGUGAGAAUGUGGAACUCCAAGAAGUUGAAUUUCUUGGAUCUUCCGAGAGCUUCAAACUCGUACUGAAAAAACAACACCAUGGACCCGUAGAAGUUGGUUGUCUAGAUCAAGUAAACAAAAACUCUGACGCAUCACAAUUGGAGAAAGAAGUUGAGCAUUUUAAAAGGCUAUACAAAAAGGAAAUGGUGGUUGUUUUUCCUUCCUGAAAACCAGUCAGACGGGUUGCUAAGCCCACAAGUCAUCGGUAAUUAUAAAACUGAAGCUCUCACAGGUACGAGAAACUUUCUCUGCAUUAAAGAUAGAAAGCGUGUUAUAUUAUAUAAUAACAGCCAUGACAAACCAUUUCCUCUGUUACGUUAGAACUAAAUCUCUACAUCAUUUGAUUCAUUGAGCUGUUGGAUUUUUCCUGGUGGUAUUCGUUGUCCAAAUCCUGAAGUAGAAAGCGUCAGGUGGUCUUUAUUAUUCGUCACUCGUCAGUCAGUUAUCUUAUAGUAUAAUUUGCCUGAUGGUAAAACUAUAAUUUGCCUCUUUCUUAAAGCAGAGAAAGAAAGAAUGGAAAUCCGGAUGAACACUAAGAGAUGGUGCAUCUUCAAUACUCUUGACCUAGACUCUGUAAAUUACUAAAUUUUUGUGUUCGUUUCCUUCUCUUUCCAACAUUGCGACCGUGUUUCUCUGCGCAUUUCCCGAAUGUUGUAACGAUCUUGAACUUGUUUUCUUUUGUAUUCUAGGCUUUCUAGCUAGUUUUACAGACUCUCUCUCUCUCUCACUCCUAUACUUGAUUACUGUAUUCAUGGCGCUUGGUGCCACUUCCACUGAAGUAAAUAUGUUACAAACUC